AUUAUCUACUAGAAGAUGUAGAUAUUUAUUAUUUACAUUUAGUAGUGCUGAUUGCAACGAAGCGGGUUCAGGUUCGUUACAUUGAGAAACCUAGGAAUAGAAUGAUAGACUCAACAUACUCGUAAUUUCCGGAUUUUUUCUCACGCUUACCAAUUAUUUUCAUUUGACCUUUACAACACAAAUAAGUUCAAAAACAGUCCUAGCAUUUUAAUUUUAUUGAUUUCUACGUCUUGGUCUUCAAUAAGUAAGUAUUUAUAAAACCGCAACAUCGUUGUAAAAAACUUUUCUUUUGCUCAUAAUUUUUGGUUUACAUAUGGUGCUCAUUUUUGCAAUUUAAGUACAACAUGAAUAUGAUCCAAUUUUAAUUCACCUUCACAUAUGAUACCCAUAUUUUUUGCCGCAUCAAUUUGUUCGAAUGCUCACGCAUUGUUGCUUUGCGUUGCACACCUGUCUUUGCCUGGGUAUAUUUUCAUACGUCAAGCGAUGAAGAUCGAAAUGGAUCUGGUGGGAGUAUCAAAUACGAGUCCGUGAAUUAGAAAAGUUUUGCAGACCCUGACACAGAAUCGCAAGAAAAGGAAGCCUGAAGCGCUAGGAUCUAUUGAGCAGAGGAGUCUCUGCGGAGCGAAGCCGAUCAUGAUGAUGAAGGGCCCGGUAGCAGCGGGGUCGGAAAGAAGUGAUGGAGCAGUGGCAACUUUCUCCAUUAAGGCUAGCUAUUGCUUGAUCAUCCUAAGCGUCAUCCUUGGCCUCAUUUUCAAGGGAAAGAAAGCCCAGGGAUGCGCUCAGGGAUGCGAGCGCGGUAGCUCUAAUGAUGGAUCAGAGGCGACUUUCUCCACGGCUGGGAACUUUGGCGCUACGCCGAACCAACCGACCCUCUCCAACGAGAAUGCUUCGACAGCUGGUUUGAAGCAGGAAAACCCGACUUCGUUAGGCUUAGCCUUAGCUGAAAAUAUGAAAGGCGUAAGUGCGUGUGUGGGCAGCACUAUCAGAGACGCACAUCUUGUAGGCCUUAGGUGGAAAGAAGGUGGGCCUACGACAGUUGUAGCGUCUGCAGCAAAAUGCACUCAACUUAUGGGCACCAUGAACCCAUCGUUUACGCCAUCUCUUCACUACAGAUUCUUUCUUAGACUAAGCUAAAAGAUGUUCGACAAGAUGGGCUGUCGAUGCCUCUAAUCAAUAGGCGGCGCUCGUGGGGACGGAGCUUCUCACAGCGUCUGCAGCUAGAGCCAUUCAACCGGCGAUGGUUGAAAGAACGGAGCUUCCUGUAGUCACCCAGCCAGCGCACUAUCACCUACAACCAAACAACAACCUACAAGACCCCUCGAAGCUGUUUAGCAUGGUGAAUGAAGACCUGCAAGCAGAGAUUCGGGAAACCGAAUACGGUGGCGAGAUCAAGUACUUUCGUGGCGGCGUUUCCGAAGAAAUCUUCCCAACAAAGUGCCUCGUGAUUAAUUCCCACGACUAUUUUCAGUACAAACUUGACAUGCUUUUUUCUUUUUAGGUGCUGUCUGCAGUUUCUUUGCUGUCUGCAGUUUCUUUGUGUGUCGAGUUGCUGCUUUCCGUUUUUUGUAUGCAGUUUGAAAUGUAAAAUAACGCUGUGGAAGACAACGGAGCUUUCACAACAUCUUGUGGUCGUGGACGUUAUUUGUUGUAACUGUAAGACGUGGCUGCUUGCCCCUAAUGUUCGUCGUGCAUACCAUCACCAAGACGAAAUUCAACCACGCCAGGAUAUCAAAAGAUUAUUGCAUCGUUUGGAACCGGGAUGAUACUAGAGUCUUCGUCGCCGUCUCCCAGCUGACUUCAAAUAACGCGAAAUUAUCGGGUAGAUUGGCACCGCAUUGGGGCAGGCAUAUUAGAGACAGACACCACUGGCAAUGGGAGGUAAAUCCUCUGCGUAAAACAAUCUGACUAAAACAUUUUGUUUUUUAUUUGACCCCUCUUCCUUGUAAGUAUAUUGCUAAUCUAUCAUAUGAGAAAUAACAUCUACCGGACGGAUUUUGGGGUUCCUUACAGCAUAAAAAAAUUCGUGUGUGUGAAGAUCAAAACUAGUCUCUGCGGAUGCAGUGGGCAGCAUUAUCAGAGACGCGAACGCGAUCGCGACAUUAUCAAAACUCACAGAUGGCCCGAAAACGCCAAGAGCGUCGCUUUUCUAUGUUUAGGAUUCUGGGAUUCCAUCUUCAGCAAUAUUUUGGUACCUUUCGCUUUCCCCUGCUCUAUGAGGGAAAAGCAGACUCAGGGCUGCUUUCGAGAUGGAUUCCGGGAAGGUCUAACAUGAGGUGGGACAAUGGUGGUAGUCUGCGCGAGUCACCUCAGGGGACACUCCAAUACUACAAAGGACGUGGCAAGGAGAUGCCGACAAACGUAGAAAGUGGCCGGCUUGAUAUUCCCUUCCAUGGGAGACCCUCGUACUCUCAUCCCUUUUCCUCAUCAAUACUUGUGUAAUAAACUGUAGCAGUAAAAAAGAUACACAGCCUGGCUCCUUCGGGACGAAGAGCAUUAAUGUUAGGGGAGCAUGAUCUAGCAUUUAUCAUAGCAUUCGCAGCAGAUGUUGCGUCUGUCUCUGUGUGGAUGCCACGAAUCGUUUGGCUCACUCCUCACUCUAGUUGGGGAUGUUUACGAAAAUUCAAUCCCAUUUAUUAGCUAUGCAAUGAUAUUCAUCGUGGGUAGCUGCAUAGCCAUUGCCUGCGCAUCAAGCAUCCACUUCAUUUGCGUUUUAUUUCUUACGCGGAAGGCUCAUUUUUUUGAUUCAAGAGAAACGAACUCGCUUACAUUUAAUCUCACUCCCACUCGCACUGUACGCCCUCUUCAUAUCGCAAACUAAUCACUAAUAGGAUUGCGUUCGUAAUUUCGCCCGACAAUUAUGGAGACCAAGGCCCUACGUUUUUGCUACAUUGAGUGUUAAGUCAGCGACACAGUGUCCACAACUAGCGCCACACUGUCACAACUUCGCACAGCUUCGGAAUAAUAGAAGUAAAGUGUGAAAAAGCGUAGCGCUUUGGCCUCUCAAAGGAUGUCUCAUAAUCGGACGAUACCGCUGCGAGAUAGAUGGCCGUAAAAAGUUCAUCGACGCCUACCUCUGCUCAAGUGUGUUAGAGUUGCGGCUACAGUGCAUUUAUCUUCUCUCGGUGCCACGCAUUUUGGAAGCCCGCUGCUCAACCAAGGGGUAGCGGGCGCCAAAAUUCUCUAUGAGAUGAAUGUGCUCUGCGUCCAAUAGAAGCAUCGGCGCGGGACACAAAGGAUUGGGUAUUUACCGGUUCCCUGGCGCAGUAUGACCCUCUACCUGCAAGCUAUUGCCGUCUUGGAGUGCUGUGUGACUCUGAUGAGAGCAAUGAGGGACAAAAAAGCAAGGCAGUUUUUUCCGUGCAGCCUCAGCGCCUGCAAAUCAAAGGUUCAGAGCCGUCUUGUGUCCAAGGUGCUGCUGCGCCUGGAUACAUGCCGCCGGUGAGUACUAUUGGGCCGUUCCCGUCCUCGACCUCGUUUCCUCCUGCAUUGCGCGCGAGGCUUCAUCGGCAGGAAAAAGGCGGGCGUGUGCCAGUAGUUGCACCAGAAAAGAGCAAAG